GUCGGUCAAAAGUGGUGUACCCCAAGGCACCAUCUUAGGCCCUCUGCUCUUCCUUCUCUACGUUAAUGAGUUAGCGCUGUUGCUUAGGUCGUCAACAUUAUUGUUUGCGGAUGAUUUAAAAAUAUGGAGAACAAUAAAACGUGAGGCUGAUCAUCUGUAUCUUCAAGCUGGCCUAGACGAUUUAGUUAGAUGGGCUCGAGGUUGGGGCUUAGAAAUCAACUAUAGGAAGAGUGUGCUAAUGCACAUCGGUCACGGUAAUAGUCACCAUUAUACUAUUGUUGGUAAGUCUCUUCCAUGCGUUCAAGAGUAUAAAGACUUAGGAGUAAUAAUAAGUCAUGACUCAAAAACAACUACGCAUUGCAAAGCAGCCGCUGUCAAAGGUUUUCAUGCGUUAUGGUCACUUCGCCAACCGUUCAAAACUUUUGACGAGGAAACGUUUCGAAUUUUAUAUCCCACCUAUGUAAGACCACACUCAGAGUACUGUAUCCAAGCAGCUAGCCCAUAUUUGGUUAAAGAUACCAAGCCACUUGAGCGUGUCCAGCCUGUGGGAACGAAAUUAGUAAAAGGUCUUUCUAGACUCUCUUACGACGAGCCUUUAAAACGCCCAAACCUUUUCCCCUUGUAUCGUAGGAUACGAGGUGACCUUAUACUGGCGUUUCUUAUCUUCAAUUAUGAUUUGGGUGCUAAUAUGUCUUAUCUUUUUGCUCCCUCCAGCACUAAUAAUCUCCGAGGUCAUAGCAAGAAGGUUCAUAAACCACGAUCUAAUAAACUUAAAGUGGAGUCCGGUUUUUCUCAUCGAGUAGUCAAUGGUUGGAACGCCUUACCCGAACGAGUGGUAUCAGCCCCAUCAGUGAAUAUUUUCAAGGACAAACUGGACCUUAACUGGAAGGCAAUCUGUCAGGAUUAACACAGGUUCACCAACCUACUAUCUUUAUUACUGAAGACUGAAGACACAGGAUUAUUCUCUCUGAAGAAAUAAUCCUUAUUGUGUGGUCUGAUAAAACUCAACAAUACGAACAGCUACUAGUAUACAGAGGUUUACUCAAACUUCGAGAUGUAUGAAUACACAAAUGACCUCUAAGCUGACUAGGAUCAGUGCAGUAGAUUGGCUAGUGUAUAAGCCAUUGGAAAAGACAGAAUACAUGAAACUGUCCCGAAACAACAAGGAGUGAGAACAAAGAAACCAGUCAGUCUAUACAAGUAUGUGAAAAAUUGAAUGAAUAUUAAAUUAUCAAAGAAUUUGAAUCAUUAGAAGCAACAAAACACGGAAAGAAGCCAAUCGUUAGUCACAAGAAUAUUGGAUUUAGGAUAUUGAGCGUGGUACAAAUUAAAGGACAAGGUCACUAAGGCCUAUAGUAGUGUUUUUACAUAAAGCAUGCUUGAUGAAGGAUUCCAGUCUGCUUCUUUGUCAUCUGAAAUUUCACAAGGAUCAUCCUACAAUCGAUCUGGUGAUAUAGAAAUAGGAAAUGACUUAAGUUCCAGUGUUGUCUUUUCAGCCGAUUUCCACAAAUUUGAUGAUUUAAAAAACUUAUUAGAUAACAAUAAAGAUGCAGUGAAAUUAGGUGCAAUGAAACGGAUUAUUGAAAUGGUUGCCAGAGGUAAAGAUUGUUCUGAUCUAUUCUUAGCUGUAGUGAAGAAUGUGGUCUCAAAAAAUGCUGAGAUUCGAAAACUUGUCUAUGCUUUUUUAACUCAUUAUGCUGAACAAGAACAAGAUAUUGCUCUGUUGUCUAUAUCAACAUUUCAACGAGCAUUAAAGGAUCCUAACCAAUUAGUUCGAGCUUCAUCAUUACGUGUUUUAUCCUCGAUUCGUAUUCCACUUAUAUUGCCUAUUGUCACUUUAGCAAUUCAAGAUGCUUCGAAAGAUCUUUCUCCGUAUGUGCGUAAAACUGCAGCUCAUGCCAUUUUAAAAGUUUAUAGUUUGGAUCCAACUGAGAAGGACACAUUGAUUGAAAUAAUUGAUCGUCUAUUAAGCGAUAAAACUACUGUGGUCGUUGGUAGUGCUGUACGUACAUUUGAAGAAGUGUGUCCUGAACGUUUGGAUUUGAUACACAAGAACUAUCGUAAACUGUGUAAUCUAGUAAUGGAUGUGGACGAAUGGGGUCAAGUCGUUAUAUUGUCAAUGCUUACACGUUAUGCUAGGACACAGUUUCCAAAUCCUGAAAAAUCAUUGAUCACAAUAGAAAACGAUAACUCUUCAACUCCUGCAAAUCUUUCAUCCAAUCAAUCAGAUAACGGUCAAUCCAAGUCGAUUCCGAUUUCAGGAAAUGGCAAUAAUCAUAAUUGUACAUCAUCAAAAUCGGAUACAAUUAUUACUACACCUGAAAAAUCAACCCAAUAUUCCAUGUCUGAUGCUUUACCCGUACUUGAUGCUGAUCGAAAUGCGCUUUUAAAUGCUUCACGAUAUUUAUUGCACAGUCAUAAUUCUGCUGUUGUUAUGGCAUCUAGUCAAUUGUUAUUUUAUUUAAAUGCUAAAGAUGAUUAUCCAAAUGUAGUUCGUGCUCUAAUUCGAACACUACAUCGUAAUCGCGAAGUUCAAUAUAUUGUUUUAAGUAAUAUAGCAAGUUUAAUAACAAUUGAACAUCGUAAUUUAUUUGAACCAUAUCUACGAUCAUUCUUCAUUUUUUCAACUGAUUCACUUCAAGUGAAAUUGUUAAAAUUAGAAAUUCUUAGUAGUUUAAUCACAGAAACAUCAAGUUCGGUUAUUCUACGUGAAUUUCAAUAUUACGUUAAUAGUUUCGAUGAGGAAUUUGUUACUGCAACAAUUCAAGCAAUUGGACGAUGUGCUAGCAUCGUUCCACAAAUAUCAGAUGUUUGUCUAGGUGGUCUUCUUCGAUUAAUGUCCAGACCGAAAGAAAAAAUCAUGGGCGAAUGCGUGAUUGUACUAAGAAAAUUAUUACAAAUGAAAACAACUGAUCAUAAAGAAAUUAUUACACAUAUAGCUCAGUUAGCAGAUACUAUGACAAUUCCGACAGCUUUAGCAUCGAUAUUAUGGCUUCUGGGUGAAUUCAGUCAUCGUGUUCCAAAAAUCGCACCUGAUAUCUUGCGUAAAAUGGCCAAAUCUUUUACACAACAAGAAACUAUUGUUAAAUUUCAGAUUAUUAAUUUAGCAGCCAAAUUAUGCAUUGUCAAUCCGCGUCAAACACUUAUUCUAACACAAUAUAUCUUCAAUUUAGCUAAAUACGACACUAAUUAUGAUAUACGUGAUAAAGCUCGAUUUUUAAGAGGUUUAUUAUUUCCACAAAUUAUUACAAAUCCAACUCUGAUUAGCGACGACAGUUCAUCAUCACCUGGAGUCCAUAAAAAUGCAUUGAAAUCAAAUACUACUAAUAAUAAUAUUAGUAGUAAUACAUUUUUAUCUAAAAAUAUUCGUAAAAUCUGUUUAGCCACUAAACCGGCACCAAUAAUCAAAUCACAAUUUGAAGGUAGAUCCAACUUUCGUCUAGGUACAUUAUCGCAUAUUUUACAACAUUGUUUAUCCGGUUAUCAAGAACUUACCGAUUGGCCAACUAUCCCACCAGAUCCAUGGUCACGUGUUAUCGCAACACCUCUUCAAUCAACCGCUACUUCGAAUGAUAGUGAAUCUUCUGAAAUGAAUUCACCUAAAUCAUCUGUUCUACAUGUUAAACAUCGGAUAGAUGAAAAAAAGAAAGAUCGUUUUGGAAAUAUUUCCUUAAAUGAGUUCUUCUCAGAAACAGAAGAUGAUGAUGAUGAGGAGGAGGAGGAGGAAGAGGAGAAUGAAAAGGAAAUGAAUGGAUUAAUUGAUGAAAGACAAGAAGGAAAUAAAAAAGCUAAACGUACAUUGUCAUCAUUCUAUGGGAGUGGAAAUACUUCCAGCGAUGGUGAUGACAACGACGAGUAUACUAGCGAUGAAGAUCAAUUUAAAAAGAAUGAAGAAGCGACCGAUAAAGAUGAUCAUUAUGAUAGUGAAUCAGAUUCCGAUUUUGACAUAGAAUACUUGCUUCGAUCGAAACAACAGUUGUCUACAGUACAAAACCAUAGUAUUAAAGAACAAUCAUCCAGUUCAUCUAAUAUAUCCGAAUCUCAAUCAUCAUCACUAUUAACAACUGGUGUUCCCGCUCCUGUUACCAUUACUACUCUUAAUGACACCAUUACUUCCGAGUCAUUGAAGGAAGAUUCAUUCACUGGAGAAAAGUUUAUCCAUGAUAUUAAUGAAUUACAAAUUUCAAUGAAACAAGAUUUAAACAGUUGGCUAAACGCUCAAUCAUCAUCAUCGUCCAAUGAAUCUGUUCAUGAUGCUGUGAUAAAAGAGGAUAUUGAAAAACUUACUGAACAAUCAUUAGUAAAUACAAGUGAUUCUAAGCUCAACUGUGAUCAGCCAAGUUCAAAUUUCACAUCUGAUGACUUGGUUCAUACGCAGUCAAAUUUUAAAGAUACUUGUGAAGUAAGUAAUAACGAAGCCAAGGAUUCAUCGAAUAUCUGUGAUCCUUCACUACAACAUUCAAAUGAUGAUUGUGUUAAUUUUCCGUUACAGAUUCAUAAUUAUUCACUUUUAUGGUUUACUCUAACUAAUCCACAUGAAAAUGAUAUAUCUGGUCAAUUACAAUAUAGUCGUAUAGUUUGGCCUAAUCAUCCGAAAUUAAUUGUAAUCAACUUGAAAUUAUGUAAUCAAAAUACAUGCGUAGAAUUGACAAAUAUUCAAUUUGAUUUAAUGAAUAGUGUAAUAGGUCGAUUAUUAAUUGAUGCUAAUCGAAUUCAGUCUUUCAAUCCAAUAGUACAAUUGAAACCUCAAUCAAUCUGUACAGUACAAUUUGGCAUAGAUUUUGCUGGAUUUUGUGAUCCAAUUGAUUUAGAUCUUAUUUAUGAAAUGAAAUCAAAUGAUUCAUUGAAUCAUGAAUUAUUACAUAGAUGGAGAAUUUGUUUAAAUCCACCAGCAUCAGAAUUAAUACGACCUAUUCAUUUGAAUGAAAAAGAAUAUUUUAACGAAAGAUCUAAACUUAUAUUAAGUCAAUCAUUUUAUCAUAAUCAUAUAGUAACUAUAAUUAAUAAUAAUGAAAGAAUAUAUCAAUCUGAAUUAUUAUCCAAAUUAAUAACUCAUCUUUUACAACAUAUUAAUAUUCAAUAUCAAUUUCAUAAAAUACACACAAAUCAUAAAUAUAUUGUAUGUAAUGAUAUGGAAUUACAUGAGAAGAUGAACUGUUAUUCUAAUGGAAAGUCGACAACAACAACAGCAAUGAUGAUGACGACGCCGACGGUGACGACGACAAUAGCGUCAACAACAACAACGGAUGUCAACAAUCAUAAUAAUCAAACAUCAUAUAUCACUAUAUUUUUAACUGGUCAAACAAUAUCUGAUAAUCAAUUAUGUUUAUUAGAAGUUUCAUAUUGGUUAAAUACUCUAUUUAAAAAUGAUUCAUUUUCAAUAAAUUUAAGUUUAUUUUGUAAUUCAUCUAAUAUAUUUCGUAAACAUUUAUCAUUAUGUAUUGAAAAAAUAUUAUCAACAUUAUAAUGUUGAUGAAGGUUUAAUGUUGUUGUUGGGGGGGGGGUGAGUCUAUUACUAGGGACUUUAUAUUCAAUGUUGUUUAAACAUUCCAUUUGAUUUGAUUUUUUUCUCUUUUCUGUUUUUUGCAUUACGUUUCGCGCUCAUUUUCAAUAUUCAUUACUUCAUGUAUAUGUUUGUGUGUAUUUUUUUUGUGAAUUUGUUUAUUUAUUUAAUUAUGUGCAAUUGGACGAGUUAUUUUGUUGUUGUUGUUCUUCUUCUUCUCCUUCAAAAUUUAGGACAAAGUAUAAUUUUGCAAUAAAUUAUGUGAUAAAAGAUGUAUUCUUUAAGUAUGUUUGAUAUGAUCGUUGUUGCUACCUUGACGUGGUGGUCAGGUUUGCGUAUCAUGAUGAACCAAUCGAGCUAUACUGACUGGAACAAUCGUUCCUCAAUGUCCUAUCAUGUCAGACAGGUCAGUUGAAGAGCGGUAAGACUAAAAGCAGCAAACCCAAGGUCUGAGGGCGAAGUCAUACUGCUGACUGUACAGAGGUGUGAUGGUGGUAAGUGUUUCCUUCAGACAAUUAGCAUGACAGCGAUGUUGCCUUCCCACAAGAAGGGGUGGGAUUAGAAAAGGUCGACCUUAAAAAUGCAUACCUCGCCUUAUCCCACGGAUAUCCGUCUUUGGCGGUAAGGUUUCAGCAAGUACGGAGCUAACACGAAAAUUACUCACAAACAGGUCAGAUGUGACCGGCCUCAAGCAGUUGUCCCUUGGGCACUGUGGUCACGCUCUCAAGUCGUUAAGACCAACAUUAAUCCAACUUCCUUUUCAGGUUUCUCAAGAAAUACCCUUCCACGGUGUGGGCAGCCGGGAUGUGACUUCAGCCCUCAUACCCGUAACAACAGACGAGGCCAAGUCGUUCACAUUCAAAUCCGUCCUACACAUCCUAAUACCUCUCUUAUCUCCACGAGCAACCCCUCUCACGUCCCUUUAUCACCUUCGCAGAGCCAGGGCAAACGAUUCGAGUACGUGGAACGUUAUUCCUGGUCUCCUGAAACCACGUUCUCAACUACAUGUAGGAGCUUAUCAACGUCCGAACACUGUACCAAAUAGGACAACAGGCUUCCUUAGCUAGGACUUUAGAAUCUCGCGCCAUCGAUGUGUGCUGUGUCUCCGAAACGCGCAUGCAAGAUCCGAGUAGCGUCAUUCAUUUGACGUCACCAUGUCAAAACAAAGAACCAUCUGGAUUCACACUUCGUGUAUCUGGAAGCCCAGAUGCUGCUUCUCGUGGACUCGGCGGCGUAUGUAUAGCAUUGUGUCCUAGGGCAGAACUAGGUUUCUUAGAGUGGAUCCCAGUAGACAUUCGUUUGUGCACUGUCCGACUAAACGGAAGAGUAAGGACUCAGAAAGAUAGGGACACUCGUCGUCUCUGCCUAUUCUCCCAGUGACUGCAACUCAGAUGAUGUAAAAGAUGAGUUUUACAGAAAGCUUUCCGACCUCCGAAAAGCUGGGCGCUCUGAUGUAGUAAUAUUAGCUGGUGACUUUAAUGCUCAAGUAUGUAAACUAAGCGAAAGGGAAAGACACCUGGGUGGAUCUAAUGGUGUCGUGGCUCAAAGAACAGAUAAUGGCGACCGUCUGUUG